UGUGGUGGUAACUGCAUCCUCCAUGGAAUCCAUAUUCCUUAACGAGUAACGAGAAACGGGCGAAGCGAGAGAGAGAAGCAUUUUAUAUAUUUCCAAUUGUGUCCUUGCCUGGGGCAACCUCGUCUUCCCCAAAUUCGCUUUUUGUGUGAGAGACUGAGUCAGAGUGGGUGAGUCAGCCGCGGCCAGCGAACUCGUUCAAGCAUUGAAAGAGGGGGGAAAACAGGGUUAACUCGGUUCGUCGAGAAUGGUAUCCGAAUCGGAGCUCAUCGGGCGCCUCCGCGAGUUCCUCCGUAGCUCCGACCUAAACACCACCACAACCGCCACCGUCCGCCGCCAGCUCGAGGCCGAUUUCGGAAUCGAUUUGUCCGAUAGGAAGGCAUUCAUUCGGGAACAGGUGGACUUGUUCCUUCAGAGCGAGCACAACCAUCCACAAGAACAAGAGGAACCGCAACCGGCAGAUGAAGAUGACGAAGAAGAAAAAGAUGAAGAGGCCGAUAAACCCGAACGAAGCCGGGGUUCUGAUUCCAAGGGAGAAACGGAAGAAGAAGAAGAAGACGAUGAUGAAGACGAAGAGGAACAGAAAUCCAAAAAUGCUCGGAAUGGGAAGAAGAAUAAAGGACGAUCUAACAAGGAAGGUAGUGAGGUAGUAAAAAAACGAGGUGGCGGUUUUUGUAAACUAUGUAGCCUGUCUCCACAACUUCAGAAAUUCACUGGAGCACCAGAAAUGGCCAGGACUGAGGUUGUUAAGCAAUUAUGGGCCUAUAUUAGGGAGAACAAUUUGCAAGAUGCAAACAAUAGGCGAAAUAUCAUUUGUGAUGAACCAUUGCGAGCUAUUUUUGGUGUCGAUUCCAUCAACAUGUUCCAAAUGAAUAAAGCACUAACAAAGCAUAUCUGGCCAUUAGAUUCAGAUGACGUUAUCCCGGUGAAGACAGCACCAAAGGAAAAGGAAAAGGAGAAGGAAAAGGAAAAGCAGAAGAAACAUGAGAGAGAAGGCGAAUCAGAGGAACCAAAGAAAAAGGAAAAACGUCAGAAGGGGGGGAAAUCAGGUUUUCUUGCACCUCUUCAACUAUCAGAUGCCCUUGUAAAUUUCCUUGGUACUGGAGAAAGUGAGUUAUCAAGAGCUGAGGUUAUAAAAAGAAUGUGGGAUUACAUAAAAGGAAACAACCUUCAGGAUCCUUCUGACAAGAGGAAAAUAAUAUGUGACAAGAAGCUGAAAGAGCUCUUCGAUCUUGACACCUUCACUGGCUUCACUGUUACCAAACUGCUGGCUCCUCAUUUUAUAAAGGCAGAGCAAUAAACUGCUUGUAAAUUGUGGUUCGGUCAAGCAUGUCAAAAUCGGGUGGGAAAUUUCGUACCUCAAAUUAGUUUUGGAAUGUCUUUUAUCUAUGUUUUUGGCAUGGUCUGCCCACAGGUGAAAUAGAAGUAGUAGAAUGACACAGAUUUUCAGUAAAUUUUUGUACAAGAUUUUAAUGUCACAUGACCUUUUUAUUUAUUCUUUUCCUUCUUUUCAAUAUCGUGUUUUGCCGCUUGGCAUCCUAGAAGUUUUGUAUUUUUCUACCUUCUUAGUUCUAAGGUUGCAAGGAUAAUGUUGUCUUCAUACAAUACUGACAAUAUAGAAACCUAGAAAUCAAAAGAGAAAUGUUAUA